AAGAACUGACUUUACGCCACAUUCAUCGAUUGGAAGGCCAUCGCAGCCAUUUGGCUUUGUCAUUACUCGACAACAGCGAAACUCAAAGAAGACUAAAAAGACGACACAUACUCGACAUAUUCUUUACUGCAGACACAGGAGAUCCUUAAGACAUUCCCCACCACUUCAUAGAAUUCACCACCCAUCAAAGAAACAAACAAUUUCCAAAUCACUAUCAAGCUAAACCCUAAACCACACGUCGAGAAAAGAAAUUUCCCCAUAAAAAUAAAAAUCCUCGCGGCAAUAGCACCCGUUAGGAACGGAACAAAGCAACUUCACUAAAGCUGAGUAAAUUCAAAUCACCCGCCCGGCUGUCAGCCAACAGGGAAUCCCCCCCACCACCUCACCGACCUGGAAGGUCGUCAGCGAGGCCUCCCUCGCCUCGCCAAGCUCUAUGAACCCCUGCGAUUGGUAGUACACUCCCGAUCGCCCCCACGCUAUCACAACGCUACAACGGUCGCCGAUUGGCCAAAAGCCAGAUUGCACCAUACUCAAACCAACAACAACAAUUUUUUGUCUCGUUUCCCAAUGAAAUUGUGUGAAUGUUUUAUGUUUUACCUUGGUGACAGUUUCAUUCAUAAACCAGCAAGUCAUACGUUAAAAAUUUUCUCACCUAACAAUUUCAUUCGUGGGGCAACGAGAUGAUUGAAUUUCAUGAGCCCAUCCCAAAGAAGUUUCCUCCUGGAGCUCGUAGUCAGCCCUUGCCCAUAAUUGUCGGUGAUCUAUCAGAAGAAACAAUAAAAAAUCUGUGGCCUUGUUACAUUGGUACACUUAAAGAAAAUUGUGUGGCUGUAACCGAGGAGAAUGAUAUCAGAGGCCUUCAUAAUGCGGGGUUUUUCGGACGAAGUGCGUGCUUCGACAGGAAAAAAACCAAACCAACGGAGCAACCCACAAAACUAAAUAGGCGCAGAAAGAACUGGGAUCAGUUAAUAAUCUCCAAGGCAGCGCCUAUUCUAGACGAGUGUUUGUCCGAUAAAACACACGAAUCGGGGGUGGAGAAGUCUUCUGAAAAGGAGAGUAGUAGCGCGAUCGAAAAAACGCCCUCGAAUGAAAUCGUUGGUUCCGGAAUGACCGUUGACGUCAGUGAUAGCGAAGAAGAAGAAGAAGGGGAUGCUACGGAGGAGGGUUUUCCAGAUGAUGGAAUCAUGGAUGUUGACGAACUCGUCCAAGAUCUGGACGGCUUUUCGGAUGAUAGCAAAGUGCUGAAUUUAGAUUUCGUGGAGGCAUUUUUUCUAAGCUACGCCCUCGGUUGCUUGACAGUCUUCACCGACGCGGAAGAUGCCCUGGACCAUGCCCAGUUGUUCGCGACGUUCUCGAAAAAAGAUGCGGAUUUCGCUUACAAGUACGUGGCAUAUCACCAUUUUCGCUCGAGAGGCUGGAUCGUAAAGUCUGGAAUCAAAUUCGGCGGAGACUUUCUUCUCUACAAGCAAGGGCCGCCGUAUUACCAUGCAUCUUUCAUAAUCGUCAUCGACAAAAGGGAUUCGAUGUCGUGGACCACUUUGAUGGGAUUGAACAGGUUGGCCGGUUCCGUUAACAAAGAACUCAUCAUCGCAUCAGUGUCGAUUCAGGGAGAAAUAACUUUAGAGAAUAUGUUAGCAGCAUCCAUAACCGAGACCCUUUACAGGAGGUGGGUGCCUACCAGUGAGGUCGCUCCGUCUGGAAGCUGAUACCACAUCAAUUGAAACUCACAGGUGUUUUCAAACUUAGCAAGAAAUCUGCAUCGCUUGACACACCUUUUAAUGUGUUGUAUUUGUAAAAUUUAUAAAAUUUUGUAAUUUUAUCUUACUCCGGCGAAUCGUUAAAAAAAAAAUUGUAAAUAGAUGUACGUAGAAAAUAAGGAGAAUAUAAAUAUAAUACAACAAAAAUUUAAUUCGAUUAAGUCAAUGAA